AUGGGGACAUUUUCGUCUCAACGGCGUAGUUUGGCGAGAGCAGAUGGGGGAAGUUCUCAGUCUUCGGGAGACGACCAAAUCAUCAAUGUCUCAAUUCCCAAAGACUCCUUUGAUACCUACAACAUAGAUCCACCUCCAUACAGCUUAGAGACUUCAAAAAACGAGCUGCGACAGUUGUAUAAAGAUAUGACCACUAUCCGGAGGUUGGAACUUCUCUCCGAUCAACUUUACAAAGAGCAAAAGAUCCGAGGCUUUUGCCAUCUCUCAACAGGCCAGGAAGCAGUCGCCGUUGGCAUCGAGCAUGCCAUUACCAAAUCUGACCCCUUGAUUACGGCAUAUCGCAGCCACGGCUUCACAUACAUGCGAGGUGGAAGUCUGCGGUCGAUAAUUGGUGAAUUGUUAGGUAAAAAGGAGGGAAUCUCGUACGGCAAAGGUGGGUCGAUGCAUAUGUUUGCCAGAGGGUUUUAUGGCGGAAAUGGGAUCGUCGGUGCACAUGUACCUGUCGGUACGGGUAUUUCUCUCGCGCAACAGUAUUCUGAGAAGAGAACUAUGACUAUUGAUAUAUAUGGGGAUGGUGCGGCGAAUCAAGGGCAGGUUCAUGAGGCGUUCAAUAUGGCGAAGUUGUGGAAUUUGCCUGUGCUGUAUGGUUGUGAGAAUAACCAGUAUGGAAUGGGCACAUCCGCCGAAAGAUCCUCUGCCAUGACAGACUACUACAAACGCGGCAAUUAUUUCCCCGGCAUUCGCGUCAAUGGCAUGGAUGUCCUUGCCGUACUAUCAGCAGUCAAAUACGCCCGUCGCCUAAUCACUGGCGAAGAAGGCUCCCACGAAGGACCCCUGUUGUAUGAAUUCGUCACAUACAGAUUCGCCGGACACAGCAUGUCAGACCCCGGCAUCGCGUACCGAACACGCGAAGAGCUAAAAGAUGCAAGGAAACAAGACCCCUUGAUGGUACUCAAAGAGCUAUUGAUAGAAUUGAAAGUCAACACGAAGGAUGAGCUGAAGGCAAUGGAAAAGGAGAUCAGGGGACAUGUUAAUGCUGAGGCGGAGGCGGCACAGAAAAUGGACAAUCCGCCUCCUACACAGGAUACGUUGUUUCAGGAUAUCUUUGUGAGAGGAGCGGAGCCUCCUUAUAUGAGGGGUACGACGGUGGACAACACGUAUUACUAUCCGCAUUAA